AUGCCCAAGGAGCGCAACUUCAACCCCGUGCAGGCCCAGCGCAAGGCUGACAAGGCCAAGGCCAUCAAGAAAGGCAAAGCAGACGUGAACGCCAAGCGCAACGAGCGACUCGCCAAGAGGAACCCAGUACACCUACAAAAACAGAUCGAUGACCUCAAAGCUGUGACCGCCGGCGGCGGCAAGCUCACACAUCACGAAGAGCAGGUUCUCGAGGGCCUGGAGAAGGAACUCAAAGCUGUACAGAAGGCACGGGAGGCCCUGGGCGACGCUGCACCACAGUUCCGAAGCGGCGGACCACGCCGGGAUGGCGACAACGAUAGAGGCGCGCUGGGCAAGAGGCGGAGGGACUACGACCAGGUCGAACUAAGCAGUGACAGCGAUGUGCCAGAGGACGUGCGGAGCAUCCCGAUGCCGCGAGACACGCCGCCGCCAAUUCCCAAGGAGGUCAUGGACCGAUGGUGGGCCAAGAGGAGGGCCAAGAUGAACGAGAACAAGAAUGCGAACCUCGAGCCGCUAGGCAGCGGCAACGACAAGGGCGGCAGGGGCGAAAGGCAAGCGCCAACGCCUAUGCCCGUACCCGAGGCAAAGACGGUGUACGAGUCGAAACCUGUAGUGCGAGACCUUCGGAAGGAGGCGGUCGCGUUCGUCCCCAGCGUGGUGAGGCAGAAACUGGACAAGACUCAGGGCAAGGGAGGCCUAAUGGAGCCUGAAGAGGCAGACAGGCUGGAGAAAGAGGGCUACCUGCAGAAGUCACAUCACGGCGGAGAGGAGGAACAGUCGACAGAGACCAGUCAUGCCGCGACAACUGCACCCCGGCAGGUCACCAUGGAAGAAGUCGAGGACCACGAAGACUGA